AGGAAGACGUGGCCGCCAUGCUCGCCGCUCUGAAACGGGUGCGGGCCAUGGUGGAGCAGCCGAGCCUGCAGAAGUACUUCGACGGCUUCGUGGUGAAGCCCCCUGAGGACGAGGCCGCGCAGCGGAGCUUCGUGCGCCGGCAGCUCCGCACCACCUGGCACUACUCCUGUACCACUCGCAUGGGCAGAGCCUCCGACUCCGUUUGCGACCCCCGUGGCCGCGUCUAUGGGGUCGGCAAGCUGCGAGUGGCCGACGCAGGGCUGAUGCCGGAAGUCGUCGGCGGCAAUAUCAAUGCGGCGUGUAUGAUGAUUGGCGAUCGAAUUGGUUUCUUCAUCAAUGAGGACCACGGUGAGACUCGUGCAGGUAUAUAGAUCGAGAAGAGCCAACCUGCCGGCAGAAGUCAGCGCGAGCCUUUGCCCCUUUUAGGGCGCUUGGGCUUUGCGAAAAGCCUUGGAAUCCGACCUCAGCUAGUUCAUGGU